AAGAGUGAAUCAAACUGUAAUGUGGAUUUGACAAUAGGUAUUUCACCUUUUUUGAGACAAAAAUCUGGAAAGACUUGUAAAAAAUGGCAAGUUUAUUUCACUGUGAUUCAGUGCUAGUUCGAGUAGAAAUACAGUUCAAUAAGAUCGAAAUUUAAUUCUGAGCAAAUAUGAGCCACAUAUCAGUCAAACCUGGUCAAAUCCAAACCCAAAUCUAGUCAAAUCCAGUCAAAUCCGAAUCCAACUCUGAUCAAAUCCAAUCAAAUCCAACUCUAGAAUUGGAUUUGGAUUUGACUGGAAUUGGAUUUGGUGCAUCCCUACACACAGCUCCAGAAAGUACAAAUGAAGCUGAACAAAAAUAG